GCAGUGGACGUUCUCAGGUAUGGAGGAAGAAGAGGAGAAGGCUGAUGAAGAAAGUAGGGGGCGUGUACUUAACAGUCUCUCCCAUGUUGCGUAGCGUGGAAAUGUGACGUGUGUGUAGCGGCAGAGAGAGAAUGUAUGCAUGCUGUGUUUGUUGUGUAUAAGUGUGUGUGACAGUGACUUCCACACCGGAAAAGUGCCUCCGGCUUACCCCACUUUGGGCUCUUCGUUUCCCGUCAGGGCUGGCUGACGACCCGAGGACUUCACCACCACCAGGUUCGGACACCUGGAAGUAAAACAAAAGUCCCGUCAUUCGGGUUGUAAGCGAUGCACUGGCAGCAUGGCCAAGUGGUUCAAGGAGCACCUCGGAUUCAAAACUACCAAAGCACCUCCUCCGGCGCCCCCGAAACCGGACUACCGACACUGCCUCACCGGUGUGCCCGGUGCGCCUGGCUUCCAAGCGGCCGUCUCUGGAGCUCCUUUCCCCGCUCAGCCGGACAUUCUGGCCGCCUACAAACUACAGAAGGAGCUGGACUUCGAGGACCCGUACACUCCCGGAGGAAAUAUGGCAUUCGGCUCCGGCAGCGUGACCGCCGUGGGGGCGCCGGAUAUCAAGUUCGUGUCGCCGAAGCACCGGCUCAUCAAGGUGGAAACGGUGGAAAAGAACAGCUCGGUUCCCAGCGGAGGUGUCACGGUCACUCAGGCUGUCGCCGUGGGGAGCGUGAAAUCUCCCACGUCGCCCCUUACGGAGCAAGACAGCAAGGAGAAGCUCAUUAUCUUGGAAGACUAUGCCGACCCUUUCGACGCUGAGCAGGCCGGCAGCGUGCAGACCACCACGGAGAAAGUAACGACGGAGAACGAUGGCUACAUGGAGCCGUAUGAGGCGCAGAAGAUGAUGGCAGAAAUCCGAUCCAACAGCCGAGGUCCUAAGGACAGCGCCUCAAAGCAGCUGCCCCUCUACGACACCCCCUACGAGCCCGCUGAGAACGGCGGAGACUCCGACCCCGAACGCUCACGCUGCCCCCGAGAGAGCCGACUGCCCCAGGAUGACGAGCGACCCCCUGAAGAGUACGACCAGCCCUGGGAGUGGAAGAAGGAGAGGAUUUCCAAAGCCUUUGCAGCUCUGCUUUGUUAUGACUGCAUUAGCUACGAGGGCUCUGUAAGUGGCACUGGAUCACUUCCCCAAAGAAGAAAGGACUGCAACUCUAAAUCCCUCACAGUAGAGAUUAAAGUGAUCAAGGACCUUCCAUGGCCGCCUCCGGUGGGGCAGCUCAACACCAGCCCUCCCCCAGUGGUGGUGGAGGAGGAGCUGGAGUCGCCCUCCCAGACGGCUGAGCCCUCGCCCGGACAGACAGCCAGUGAGCAGCACCACCAGGUCCAGUUCGACGGUGUGGAGAAGUCCCGAAUGUCGCCCACCAAGGACGGCAAAACUCGCCCGCUGCAGCGGCACCCCAGCGGCUGCUUGGUGAACACCAAAAUGACAUCGGCGGACCAGUCCGGCUCCUCAUCCGCCGGGGAACGUAUCGAUCCCAGCAUGCCUUUGGAGAGCCAGUUCUGGUACCAUGGCGCCAUCAGCCGAACGGAUGCGGAAUGCCUGCUAAGGCUGUGCAAGGAGGCUAGCUACCUGGUGAGGAACAGCGAAACGAGCAAGAACGACUACUCCCUCUCACUCAAGAGCAGCCAGGGCUUCAUGCACAUGAAGCUGUCCAGGACCAAGGAGAACAAGUACGUCUUGGGCCAGAACAGCUGCCCGUUCGACAGCGUGCCCGACAUCAUCCAUUUCUACUCCAGCCGCAAGCUGCCCAUCAAGGGGGCCGAGCACAUGUCCCUGCUGUACCCCGUCACCAUCAGGACACUAUAGUGCCAUCGGUCUCUUGACUCCCCCCACCCCCCUCCAAAAACAACCCACCUUUCGGGGUCCCACGUGGAAAGGGAAAUCCCAAACUGCUGAUUCUGACUCACCUCACUGGCCGACAGAUGCUGACUUUUGCAGAAUUAUUUUAUUUUAUUUAUGAUAGGCGCCUGCUUCAUGGCUUCAGACUUUGGCACGGACCCCCCACAAAGAGGGAACCCAACAUUUGUCUGGACGUUUCAUCAUGAAAAGCUUUGCUUUUCCGUAAGGGAGAGACGUGAAAUGUUAGUCAAGCCUGUAGAGGAUGUUUGAGGGAGUGUUGUCCAGUCCUGACAUGAUCUCUACGCUGAUCUCUCUUUCUUGUCAGAGUCCAUACUGUCCACCAUCCGUCACCGAGGGAGGGCGUGUCACGCCAAUGACAGCAUAAGUGGCGAGAUGGGCCGGAGGGCGUCGUGAUGGAUGGAUGGACCGACCCAUCCGGCAUCGUACAAUCGGCUGAGGCUGGAAAUAGACCAAGCCACCGCCCCGCUUUUAACCCCCUUUCCUUCUGCCACCCCACCCAGACCGCCUUUUGCAUCGGGAGAAUGAAACGCCUGCAUUGUCUACCUCAGAAAAUCAAUGUCAUUCUGUCUGCGGAUCAAUAGGUACAAUGGGAUGGCCCGCAUCCAUCUGCUCUCGCUUUGACAUUCCCAAUUUCCUUCAAGUCACAUCGUUCAUUUUGGAUUUUCUUUGAAAAAAAAAAGAAAAAAACAACAAAAAAGACAAUUUAAGGCUGCCUUUAGUGUGUUUUAGUCCCGAUGCUGUGUGAUGUCAGUAGCCUUAUACAGUAAUGCAUGGGUCAGUCAGAUCAGCUGGUGUUCAAUGCUCCUUUUAAAUGAUCGUUCCUUGACUGUAAUUUAUUGAGGGUUAAUUAGCGCCGACAUGUGGGCGGCGGCUCCCCUUUCCGCCCUCAUUCUGAUUCCCUGGGAUGACGCUUCUACUAUGUGGUGCUCUACAUGUUCUUUGUUUUCCUUGUCUGCUUGUCAAGCCUUGGCAUUUUGUUGCUGACCAAUCACAACGCAGCCUGUUGGAACCCGACUCUUCACCACCACUACAUGUGCCCAACAUGUUGUGACCGCUGCAAGACUUAACGAAAAAGAGAGUGACGGUCCCGCCCCGCGUUGAACCACUUCAGCACACCAGUUCUUGCUUUUGCUCACUAAGCGCACUUGAUUCACAGAAGGACAUGUCACGUGCACUCGUGCCAUUUCCGCUGAAAUAAGCCAGUCAGUCGGUUCCAGAGGUUAAACUUGUCAUAGACUUGUGAAAAAAGUAUUGUCACACAAAAAGCCAAGCAAGUACACUUAAAGACAAGACUGUCCCGUAACUCACAAACAAGGAAUAAAUAGCCUACCAGCUAGAAAAUUAACAAGCCAGGAAGUAGCCUGCUAACUAACAAUUAGACAAAGAAGUCAAUUGCCUGCUAGCUAACAAAUAUACACAACUAAGGUGCACGUUAGCUAAACAAACACACAAACCAGGUAGUUGUCUCCUAGCUAGUAAAGACACAAACUAGGAGGUAGCCUGCUAAAAAACAAACAGACCAGGAAUUUGCCUAUAAUAUAGUAAAGGUGCAAUAAUUAAUCGCUGAUUAAUCGAUUAUUCAAUUAAUCUGGAUUUUCAUUUAAAAAUGGAAAUAUCCUCUGAUUUCAGCCUCUCAAAUGUGAUUUUUAAAACAUUUUUCUUAGUCAUCCAUGAAAGCAGAUCUAUUAUCUUUGUGUGUUAGGCGAAACAAAAUAUUCACACAUGUCAGCUUCGACUUUAGAAAACAGUGAUGGACAUUUUUGCCUUUUUUCAGAUAUGUUGUGAACCAAACUACUAAAUGUUUGUGUUUGGUUCAUGUUGAUUUGGUCCGGAAGUAGCCUGCUAACAAAAACACCAGGAAGUAGCUGCUAAUAGAAGUAAUUAGUACAUAGCUACUAGUAAACAGGCAAAUAGUACCCUGCUACGUGGCAAACACACAACCAGAACGUUGCACGUUCAUUCCAAACAAACCAACCAGGAAGUAGCCUGCUAUCUACUGAACAAACUAGUUGCUAAAUAUGGACUGACGGGUGGAACAGUACUGACUUGUGUGUGUGUGUGUUAGCUUUGAUUUUCAGACGCACGCCCUUGUGCGGCGUUAGCUGCAAUUUAAAAGCAGCACUUCUAAAAAUAUUACAUCUGAAUGCAGAAACUGUAAAAAAAAAAUGCACUGAAUCAAGUUGCUUGGUGAGCAAAUCCAAAAUCAACAGUGAGGCUUCAUUAGCAAGCGAGUGUUAGCUGGACCCCCUUUGUGUGCUAUGCAACUGCUGUGAUUGAAGGUGGGGAACAUGAUUGGUGUUCAAUAUGGUACCAAACAGUCAGCAGAACUUGCUUAAAAAAAAAGAAAAAAGUGGAUGAAGCGAGACAUGUAGGACUUCACUGCAGCUUCGCUAGGAAGCAGUCGUUUGAAUGGCGUGGACCUAUAGGAGAGAAGACAAAGAUGUUUGAAUGUUGUAGUUGGAACCAGCUGGUUUAUUCUUUGAAUCGCUGCUGCUGACGAGCGUUAUUGUACUUUAGCUAGGAGAGGCCUUAGCUUCGGAGGUGCUCCAAAAGGAGGAAUAAAUAAGACUGCAAUCAGCGGACACACUC